GUUUCCUGUCACUACAGAGAGUCCCUUCGUCGUGAUCAUGGCUCUUCCACCUUUCUUCGGUCCAGGUCGCCCGGGCCCGCCGCCCCCGCAGCCGCCGCCUCCCGGUCCCUUCGGCUGUCCGCCACCUCCACUGCCCUCCCCGGCUUUCCCGCCGCCUCUUCCUCAGCGGCCCGGCCCUUUUCCGGGGCCCUCCGCCCCUUUCCUCCAGCCCCCGCUGGCUUUGCAGCCCCGGGUCCCCUCGGAAGCCUCUCGCGGCAGCAGCGGCAGCGGCGGCACCUUCUACCCGGUGCCACCGCCGCCGCUGCCUCCGCCGCCGCCCCAGUGCCGGCCUUUUCCGGGGCCCGACCCCGGUAAGCGCCCGCGGCCGUCGCCUCCGGGCCCGGGGCCGCCCUGGAGCCAGCGAUGGUCUGAGGCGCCGCCGCCGCCCGACGUGCUCGGGGACGCGGCCCUGCAGCGCCUGCGCGACCGGCAGUGGCUGGAGGCGGUGUUCGGAACCCCGCGGCGGACGGGCGGCCCAGCGCCCCGGCAUGCGCCCGCCGGGCCUAGGCUGGGCGAGGUGCGCGCGCGAUUGCGCGGGGCCUUGCGCCUGGUGCGGCGGCUGCGCGGCCUGGGCCGGGCCCUGAGUGAAGCCGAGGCCGAUGGCGCAGCCUGGGCACGGCUGCACGCCGAGGCCGCGCCGUUGCGCGCCGAGCUGGCCGAAAGGCUACAGUCGCUGACCCAGGCCGCCUUUGUGGGCGAAGCCCGGCGGAGGCUGGAGAGGGUGCGGCGCCGCCGGCUGCGGCUUCGCGAGCGGGCCCGGGAACGCGAGGCCGAGCGGGAGGCGGAGGCCGCGCGGGCCGCGGAGCGCGAACAGGAGAUUGACCGCUGGAGGGUCAAGUGCGUGCAGGAGGUGGAGGAGAAGAAGCGGGAGCAGGAACUCAAAGUUGCUGCUGAUGGUGUCUUGUCUGAAGUGAGGAAAAAACAAGCAGACACCAAAAGAAUGGUGGACAUUCUUCGGGCCUUGGAGAAAUUGAGGAAGCUGAGGAAAGAGGCUGCAGCAAGGAAAGGGGUCUGUCCUCCAGCCUCAGCGGAUGAGACUUUUGAGCAUCAUCUGCAGCGACUGAGAAAGCUCAUUAAAAAACGCUCUGAACUAUAUGAAGCUGAAGAGAGAGCCCUUAGAGUUAUGUUGGAAGGAGAGCAAGAGGAAGAGAGGAAAAGAGAAUUCGAAAAGAAACAGAGAAAAGAAAAAGAGAAAAUUUUACUUCAGAAACGUGAAAUUGAGUCCAAAUUAUUUGGAGAUCCAGAUGAGUUCCCACUUGCUCACCUCUUGCAGCCUUUCCGACAGUAUUACCUCCAAGCUGAACACUCUUUGCCAGCGCUCAUCCAGAUAAGGCACGAUUGGGAUCAGUACCUGGUACCAUCCAAUCAUCCCAAAGGCAACUCCGUUCCCCAAGGAUGGGUCCUUCCCCCGCUCCCCAGCAACGACAUCUGGGCAUCUGCCAUAAAGCUGCAUUAAUAAAGAAGCUCCAGAAGAGUGGUCCAGCAAAGGUUCUUCCCAAUGCUAAAGAUUAGUGAUUCUGCUGUCUUCUUGUGCUACAGACCAAUCCGGAACCUCUGAACUCUGUGUGGCAUUGCUGUACCCUGAAGUUGUUUUUUUCUGUGCUCUGUCCUGGCCAGAGGUGCCUCUUAAAUUAUUAUGGUUCUUUAGGAAAGGACCUAGGUGAAUUGGAGUUAUUGUCACAGACAGUGGCCUUAGUUCACUGAAUUUGCCUCUGUUUUGAGGGGCUUGGUCCCCAGUGACUUGUUAAUUUACUCUUAACCUCGUUGGGUGGUGAUGGCUAAGUACGCGCAUACACUCAAUGCAAGUGUGCACUGUAUAGAUUUAGCUGCCCGUCCACCAGUACUGAGUGUUGAAGGUAAAGUUGAUACACAAUCUCCUUACUCUUCCUACCCAGUGAGCCCUCCCACUUCCAGGAAGCAAGUUGAAAAUGCUUCAUAUUUGGUUUUGUUAAUCCCACUUUUAGUGCAACUUGGGAGGCUGCUGGUAAGGAAGAUGGCAACUCGAUCUAGGCUAUGCCACCAGAAAAGACUGGCCUAGUUUGGUAGUCGUUUUGAGAACUUAGAAAGCCUGAAGAGUAUCUGUACCCAAGUUUGAUCGUGUUUUAAUGGACAAUGGCUGCAUUUUCCCCAUGUUAGAAGGAUCCUAAUGAAAGUACCUGUUUUAUACGUUCCUAAGGGUCUAAUUACUCAGAAUCCCAAGGAUAGAAAUUUACUUCCCUAUAGAAGUGGGACUUCAGCCUUACUCAUUUGCAUUGUGGGAGCUGGUAUAGCUGUCGAAUUUUCUUAAGGAUUCAAGCUUCCUAGAAAGAAUCUAUAUAGUCAAAAGCUGGGGGAAAUGUAGAUCAAAAUAAUAAAAUUUAUUUUUUUGUAUUGACUAAUAAAUGCUGUACCAGGAGAUGAUCAGUCAUAUAAAAUGUCGAUUUUUUGUUUUUGUUUUUGUUGGUGUGGUUUUUUUAAACCAUUUAUUGUGUUAUUUAUAUUUCCAAACAGGUAAAUAAAUAUCAUUGUUAUUUUUUAGUUUGUGCCUUUGCCCCCAGUUUGU